AGAAGAUGCGUCAGCGAGUCCGGUCACCGACUCCUCGUCCACUUAAACCUCACCCCCGCCCCCUCACGCGUUCUGCUUCUCUCAAUUCCACCGCUGCGACUAUUAUAUACUGUGCUCGCGCGCUCUACCGACAGGCAGCUUUCCGCCACCAUGGCCUUCCCUUUCCUCUCCGCCGAGUUCCGAGACGCGCUUCUCCACCGCUGGCCGCUCCUCGUGUACGCCGCCACCUGGACGGCCAUGAUCACCGCGACGGUCGCGGUGGCGGCCUUCUCGCCGGAGCUGGCCUUCGUGUGGGCCGUCUCGCCGUCCUCGGCCUUCGCGCGCCCGUGCGGCGCCGCCUCGGUGAGGCUCCCGCUAGACGGGCCGCCGGGGGAGGUGGUGUGCGUGCCGGCCUACCUCUUCGACCGCUCCGGCAUGGACGUCCUCAUCCCCCCGCUGUUCGCGGUGGUGGUGGUCGCCGCCUCCGUCUGCGUCACAAGGGCCAUCGGGCUGUGGGAGGAUGAAGAGGAGGAGACAUCCAGCUAAGCCUGGUGGCAUCGAAGAUCGAUUCUUCUUCAUGUUCAGGUGGUGGUGCUCCAAAGUCUGAUACAGGCCAAGGACCUGAGGGAGCCUCUCUCUUCCCCUGCCAAACCACAGUGUACUGUUGCUGUAAAUACUGUCGCAUGAAUCAAUUGAUGCCUGCAUGCAGUGGCUGUUUCAAUCC